AUGCAACUUCCAACCGCUGUUGACGUUCUUAUUAUUGGUGCUGGACCAGUCGGCCUUAUUACGGCAGUUGGUCUCCAGCAGCAAGGUGUUGAAACUCUUGUUGUCGAAAAACGGGAGCGAGAUGAACAAGCCACCUAUGGUCGAGCCUGCACGCUAUACCCGAGAUCACUAGAACUGCUCGAGCAAGUCGACCUGGCGACAGACCUCAUCCAAGAGGGCUUCGCCGGCCGUAGUAGCGUCAACUAUGCAAAUGGAAAGCGGAUCAACGAACGUGGAUGGAACAUGAUGUUUCAACACUUCAAGGCGAGUUUUCAUGACUACGCUCUCAACGUUCGACAGAAAUACUCGGAAGAUAUUUUUCGCAAUGCCUUGAUGAGUCAUGGGAAGCAGGUAGGACAUGGAUGGAAACUAUCCGGCUUUUCCAUCGACACAAGCCUGGGUGAUGGCUACAAUGUUUCGGCUGUACUUGAACACGCAACUUUGGGUGAAAGCCACAUCCGCUGUAAAUACAUUGUCGGCGCCGAUGGAAGCGCCUCGACUGUGCGGAACCUAGCCGACAUCCCUCAAGAUGUAGACUCAACCGUGUUCCAAUGGAUCCGUAUCGAUGGCAAAAUGACGACCGACAUGCCCGGCGCUGAGCUCGGCUUUGCCGCCGUUGAGACGACGACGCAUGGCAACGUCUUGUGGGUCAAGCUGAACAAGGAUGCGUACCGCGUCGGCUAUGCCCUCUCGCCCGCACUGCUCGCCAAGUACCCAAAUGGUCUUACCAAGGAGGUUGCCGUGGCAGAGGCAAUUGAGGGUAUGAAACCCUUCAAGUUGAGCGUUGAACGGGUUGACUGGUGGACUGAUUACAAAAUCAGACAAAGCGUGGCCACGCAGUUGCAAAAGAAUGAAUUCAUCCUGCUAGCCGGCGAUGCUGCUCACACGCACUCGUCUGGGUUCGCGCAGGGCAUGAACACGGGUAUACACGACGCAACCAAUUUGAUCUGGAAACUCUCGGGAUCCAUCAAGGGAUGGUACCAGCCCUCGGUUCUCGCCAGCUACCACGAGGAACGACACGCUGCAGCCACGCGGCUGAUUAAUAUUGACAGAAACGCCGCCGCCGCCAUUUCGGGUGAAGUGCCACCAGAGUACGCAGGCCGCGACAAGUCCCCCCACGAGCUUCUCAAACUCAUCUUUGUGGAAAACAUUGGGUUCAACAUUGGCCUCGGGGUUUCGUACGCCAAAUCCGUCUUGAACCAAGCCCCGGCGGAAACCACGCUUCCGAGUGGAUGGCGUGCUCCGGAUGCCCUUCUCCACGAACCAGGAACAAGGUUUCCUCUUCGAUUCUACGAUGCGCUGCUUCGAGAUCAUGCUCGUGGCCGCUGGAAUAUUGUCGUCUUUGCGGGAAAUCCAGCCAUGACAUCGGGCAAUUACAGGAUAGCCGCAGACUCACUGUCGAAACUCGUUGAUCGUCGGCCUGCCAUGUUCCACGCCCUGACCAUCAUCAAGGGCGAUACAGGAGGUGCAUGGGCAGCCCUGGGUGGUCCUGCUUGGGGGAAGUUCUAUCUGGACCUCGAAGGAAAGACACACUCUGAAUAUGGUGUGGAACAGUCAUUGGGUGCUAUAGUGGUUAUCCGCCCGGAUCACAUUCUUGCCUAUGCGGCGAGCCUUGAUUCAGCGGGUGACAUCGCCACAUAUUUUAACAGCUUCAUCAUGUAG